AAAAAUCAGCCAUUCGUUAGCUUCCCAUAUCUGCUUGAAGGAAAGACGAAAAUGGAGGUGGAAAUUAUUUCCAAAGAGUGCAUCAAACCCUCUUCUCCAACACCCCCUAACCUGAGAACCCACAAGCUCUCCCUCUUGGACCAAAUCGAUGCUGCCGCCCAUUUUCCUUUGAUCAUCUUCUAUCCCAUGAACCAGAGCACAAGCCAUGCUGCUGUUGAUAAUUUCUUUCAAAGAUCACAACUGCUAAAGCAAUCCCUAUCAGAAGUUUUAACUCGCUUUUAUGUAUUUGCUGGCACAAUCAAAGACAAUCUCUCCAUUGAUUGUAAUGACAAGGGGGUUUAUUAUUUAGAAGCCCGAGUGAACUGUCGUCUUGUUGAUUGCCUCAGCCAGCCUAAUCUCCCAUCAUUUGAAAAAUUUAUUCCCCGAGACUACACCUGGAAAGAGACAGGUGCGGGAGAUGAUCAUGUGGCUAUGAUAAAAGUGACCAGCUUUACAUGCGGCGGUAUGGCCAUUGGUAUCCUUGUUUCUCACAUGAUCGCUGAUGGAACUUCCUUGAAUAUCUUUCUCAAGGGUUGGGCUGCCAUGGCUCGUAAGGCCUGUGACGAAGCUGUAUAUCCUAAUUUUGAUGCUCCAUCAAUUUUCCCACAAAACGUUGCAUGCUUAAGAGAAGAAGCAUCUUUUAUGUCUUUUUGCCGUCCAUUCCUCAAAUUAGGGAAGUUUACUACAAGGAGAAUUGUGUUUGAUGCAUCAGCCAUUACAUCACUCAAGGCCAAAGCAACCAGCAAAAGCGUACAAAACCCCACAAGAGUUGAGGUUGUGUCGGCACUCCUAUGGAAAUGCAUCAUGGCUGCCUCCAAUCAAAAAUCGGGUAUCCAGAGCCAGGGGCCAACUUUUAUUACCCUUUCAGUGAAUUUGCGCGGAAGAGCAGCUCCACCAUUACCAGAGUCUUCUAUUGGUAAUUUAUACUGGAGGGCAGGAGCAUUAUGCACGCCUGAGGAGAUGGAGUUAGCUUACAUGGUAAGUAAGCUCAGAGAAGCAAUAACAAAUGUAAGUCCUGGUUUUGUGAAAGGCCUACAAGGUGAUGGAGGGUUUCACAAGCUUUGUGAGCAUGUGAAAGCAAUGGCUGGCGCAUGCUCAAGUGCUACAAAUUCUUGUGGAAUGGAUUACAUUGGGUUUACCAGUUGGUGCAACUUUGGUGUCUAUGAUAUUGAUUUCGGGUGGGGAAAGCCUGUGUGGGUAAGCUGCAUUGGUUUAAACGAAGAUUUAGACCUCAGGUUCCCAAGCACGAUAGCGCUAAUGGACACAAGAUCCGUAGGCGGAAUAGAAGCAUGGUUGUAUUUAGAUAAAGAAGUUAUGGCCAUCUUAGCACAAGACAAGGAAAUCCUUGCUUUGGGUUCCUGGGAUCCUAGUCCCAUAAACUAGAAUAUGGCAUUUUCACCAAUAAUUUUGUUACGUGAUUAGGAGUAGUAUGCUGGACUAAGAGGCACACACGACGUGGUAAAGUAAGAUAAGUUGGAAAUUAAUCCUCUCCUUUCUCUUAUCUUUCACUACAUCAAAUUAUCUCACUUAAAUAAGGAGUACUAUAUAUUACUGUUAGUUCUGAAGGAAUAAGGAGUAGUCUAUCUCCAAGCUAUCCUGGAGAUGAUAUUUGUUAUCAUACUUUGUUUUAGUCUAUCUCUUAUGCACGUAAUUGUUAUUGGGUUGGAAUUUGUAAUCUUUUAUAUAUGCGUGAGCCUAUUUAAGGAAACGUAUUAUGAAUAAGAAGGCAUGCAACAUUAA